GUAAAUGGGCAAAUGAUAAUGAGAAUAUAUGUCGACUAGUUAAAAAAUUGGACCACAUGCGAUAUGCAUUUUUCAUUAGGUUGAUUUAUUGAUAUUUUUACGUCUGCAGACUAUGGAUCCUUCGUCAUUCUAUGGUAGUCAUGAUGACCAAGACACCUCUGAUGAAGAUUUUACUCUCACCAAUGUAAGCUACUCAAGUAGCAGCGAAGAAAGUGAUGAAGCAGGAGAGACAGAAAGUAAUGGAACAGAUGAACUAGGAGAAACAGAUGAUGAGGAGUCUGCAUCUACCAGUAGGCUUGCACCUGUACAGGGGUGGGGGCCUGUUUCUUCCAAACAGCGUCCUUAUGCCUUCAGUGGUACAGAAGAACUGGUAAUCUUGCCUCAUGUAAACCCAGUCACAGGAAAACCAGAGCCUAUUGAUAUGUUUGCAUUAUUCAUAACUGAUGAUAUUUUGGACACAAUAGUCAGUCAGACAAAUAUAUAUUCCCAGCAAAAGAUAAAUGCAGCACCACUGACAAGGAGGUCAAGGCUCAUUGCAUGGAAACCCACAACAAGGAAUGAAAUAAAAAAAUUCCUAGGUAUAAUACUUUACAUGGGAAUUGUUGGUAUGCCAGAUAUUUCUUCCUAUUGGAGUAAAAACAAGUUGUAUGCUGGCUCUUAUAUUAGCAGUGUGAUGACCAGAGAGAGGUUUGAAAUCCUUCUGAGGUGUAUACAUUUCAGGGAUAAUUCUGAUGUUGAUGACCCACUUGAUCUAUUAUUCAAAGUCAGACCCAUGGUCACAGCCAUUAGAGACCGCUGGCAGGCUGUUUACAAGCCAGGUCCCAUGGUUGUGAUUGAUGAGAGUAUGGUACCCUUCAGAGGCAGAAGUAAGGUUAGGCAGUAUAUUCCUGGGAAAGCACAUAAAUAUGGCUUCAAGUUGAACAAGCUGUGUACUCCAAGUGGGUAUACAUGGAAUUUCAAGAUUCAUUCAGGCAGUCAAACAAAGCAUCAGGGACUAAACUCCACUGAAAGCCUAACAGUAGAACUAUGUGAAGAACUAUUAGAUAUGGGCGCCACUCUUUAUGCUGAUAAAGUACUAUUGCUCAUUGACACUAGCAGAAUACCUGUUGAAAAAGAAAACUUACCUUUGUGGAACCCUAAGCAGCACAAGAAAGUACUUUCCCAAUGAAGUAACUGAAAGUAAACUAAAAAAAAAAAAAAUGAAAUGAAAGGACAGGAGAACAGCAAUGGCGUCAAAGUUUUCAAAUGGAGGGAUAAAAGAAAUGUCCUGACUAUCUCAACUGUCUCUGAACACUGAUCCUAGUUCCCAGUGGCAAAGUAAACAGAUGUAGAGAAUAGGUUUUCAAACCACAAAGUGUAAUGGCAUACAACAAGGCAAAGAAAGGUGUGGAUGUAUCUGUCCACUACACAGGGAAGCGGUGGCAUAGUCAGUGUUGCCACGCCUUGGUGACUGUGGCUACCUACAUCCACGGGAAUU